UCAUUUCUUGCUUGUGGCCAGUCACAGCUUUUGCUUUUUCUCCAGUUAGUUUUGCAACAUAUCACACAGCAACGCAAACAUGACGCAUCCAAAGUUCAAAUGUUCAUGAGGUUGGAGUUAUGGCUCUUCACAUCUGUUUUCAGACACUGUGAAAAGUCUUGGACAUUGAGGUUUAAACAUGAACGUUAGGAGAACUCGAACUUUCUACUUUGUGUAUCUGAUCGCACGGUGCCUGCCUUCUUUGUCGUUAAGAAUCAUUCCGGAAUGUGCUUUUGAUUCUGAUGCCACAUGGAUUCCAUUUGGAAACAAAUGGUACACUUUCAUUUCGGCUCCAGGAAAUGGCUAUACAAUCAACAAAGCUUUGGAAAUCUGCCAAGAAAUUGCCCCAGGUGCCAAUAUUGUCAGCGUUCUUAAUGAAAAGGAAAACCAGUUCAUUGUUGACCAGUUUAAAAAGACUGUACAGCCUGAAACUAUUUGGUUGGGCAUGACCUUUGACACAGACAGUAGCACCAUGAGAUGGUUUGAUGAAUCGAAAGUCAAUUACUCAAAUUGGGCUUCUGGGGAAUUGCCUGGAGAAAUACCUGAUACCGAUACAUGUGUCAUUAUGGACACAGAGUCAGGAAAGUGGAAAACAGUUGAUUGUGAUGAAGAUUUUGGAAGAUCGGUGACAUGUGAAACGACAACAAUAGCUGUACCUGAUGGAGAAAAAUGUUCAAAAGGCAGAAAAAAUAAUGUAUUACCAACAGCAUUAAUCAUUUCAGCUGCUGCAAUUUUGGUGAUAAUUUCAAUAAUUACAUGGUAUGCGUACAAAAGAAAAUGUCUCACCGCAAAUGGACAUAAUUCCAUUCAGUAUCAUCCAACAGAUCAAGUUGCAGAUGACUGCGUUUUGGUAGAGAAUGAAGAAAGGGAAUAUGAAGCAUAACCUUUUAAUAAUGACAUGGUAUAAAUAACUAACAAUGUAAUUGUACGAUAAAUGAUUAAACAAAGCUACAUUGCCAUUGGCUAUCUGUAGUUCAAUAGAAUUUUUAAGAAUUAACUUUUAUAUAUUAAAUCCAUGUUUUUGUCUUACUGUUACUAAAGGCAACAUUUUAAACCAGUAGAUAAAGGAAAGCUUGGAACGUAAAACCUGAUGUUUUAAAUAUAUAGUUUAACCAGUUGUGUAAUUUAAAUAAUUUAGCAACCAUUAAUUUUCAUCAACUUUGGUUUAAAUGAGUUUCAAAAGUUACAGAGUAAAGGCACAAACUAAAAACAAUAGGAAAAGAAAGGUAACCUCGUAAAAGAGUUAUUUGACUUGUACAUUUUUAUAUGAAUAAGAUUCUCCCACAGUUCAAUGGUCUCAUUGGAUUUUGAAGAAUUUUUUUAACCAAUACAAAUGUUGAAGUAAUUUUGUUUUAAUUGCAUGAAGUGACUGUGGUUACCAUUUAUAGUAUUUAACAGCUACAUAAAGACAUUGAUUUGAAUUUA